AUGCUCUUCUCGCAGUACUUCAACCUGUUGGCUCUGCAGCUCUUCUACCUGAGCGCGUCCAUCAACCCCAUCCUGUACAACGCCGUGUCGAAGCGGUACUGGGAGGCGGGCGCCGCCUGCCGCGCGGCCCGGCCCGACGGGCCGUCCCGCUCGCCGGGGACACAAGCGUGUGAGCCCCCGCUGACUCCCUUCAUUUUCACCGGAGGGACAGCCAAGGGGGACGUCUGCAAAGACAACUCAUUGCAAGGGCAUCUUCUGCAAGGAAUUAAAGCUUUUGAGUGUUGGGUACCAAACGGUAUCAUCCAAAAAAGUAACUGCCUUCUAGAAACAGGCUGGGCAGUACCAAAUUUACUGGAUCCCCAGGCCAAAAAGCCUGAGGCAGUGGAAGAGCUGGGGGAACGCAGCAGCUUCCUCCUCUUCAUCCGCAGCUUCUUCAGCAGCUUCCUCCACAUUCAAUCCAUAGGCCCUGUAUGUGAACAAGCCCUGGAGUUACCCCUUCCUGAUGCUACCCAGCUAGAUCAGGAGGAGGAGGGUCAAGAGGAGGUGCUUCAACGCAACGGGUCAUUUAUAGCACGACUCCCAGGGAAGGAGUCAGAACCAACCCUGAACCUUGAGAUAUUAAAACAGUGUAUUUUUUUUCUUCCCUCAUUGGAGCAACAGAAAAAAUCGCAGGUAAAGAAGAGUGGUCUUGUUGUUGUGAAAAACAUGAAGAUUGUUGGUCUUCAUUGUUCCAGUGCAGACUUGCACGCUGGCCAGAUUGCACUCAUUAAACAUGGAUCAAGACUUAAAAACUGUGAUCUUUAUUUUUCCAGAAAACCAUGCUCAACAUGUUUAAAAAUGAUUGUAAACGCUGGAGUGAACAGAAUUUCUUACUGGCCUGCCGAUCCUGAAAUCAGCUUGCAGAAUGAGGCAUCCAAUCCCAUGACUACUGACGAUGCAAAGCUCGAUGCCAAAGCAGUGGAAAGACUGAAGUCAAACAGUCGUGCCCGUGUAUGUGUUUUGCUUCAGCCCUUAGUGUGCUAUAUGGUGCAAUUUGUUGAAGAGACUUCCACCAAAUUUGAUUUUGUUCAAAAAAUAGCGAGAUCUCAGCCUGACUUUAAUACUGACUUCUAUACUGAAUGUAGACAAGAAAAAAUAAAAGAGUAUGAAAGUUUAUUCCUAAUCUCAAAUGAAGAAACACACAAGCAAAUAUUGAGGACAAUAGGCCUGGAGAAUCUCUGUGAAAAUCCUUAUUUCAGCAACCUUAGACAAAACAUGAAGGACCUUGUCUUGGUGUUGGCGACGGUGGCUGCCAGUGUCCCGGUGUUCGGGAGCUUUGGGUUUUACUGCCGUGAGCAGCAGGCUACAAAUGAAACAUGUCAUCGGGGUUUGCCUCAAGAAAUUGCACGGCACUGCAUGGUUCAAGCCAGGCUGCUCACCUACCGGACAGAGGACCAUAAGACAGGAGUUGGAGCUAUUAUUUGGGCAGAAGGAAAAUCUAGAAGCUGUGAUGGAACAGGGGCCAUGUAUUUUGUAGGCUGUGGUUACAAUGCCUUUCCUGUUGGGUCCGAAUACGCUGAUUUUCCACACAUGGACGAUAAACAAAAAGAUCGGGAGAUCAGAAAGUUCAGAUACAUUAUACAUGCUGAGCAGAACGCCCUGACGUUCAGGUGUCAAGAAAUAAAGCCAGAUGAGAGAAGCAUGAUAUUCGUGACAAAGUGUCCCUGUGAUGAAUGCGUACCUUUAAUCAAAGGGGCUGGUAUCAAGCAAAUUUAUGCAGGAGACGUGGAUGCUGGAAAAAAGAAAGCAGACAUAUCCUACAUGAAGUUUGAUGAACUCGAGGGUCUAAGCAAAUUUACAUGGCAAAUAAAUCCAUUUCACACUAAUGUCCUUGAGUUCCAUGAUCCUGCAGCCAGAGAAAAUGGAGUCCAGAAAGCAAAAUCACUGGAUGACCAGCAGCACCAAAACAAGAAGUUGUGUCUUGGCCACUAUUGAAUAAUCAGCACUUUGGCACUCCUGCUCUGUACUUUUAUAAUGCAGCCUGUUCGCACUUUCAAAUAGGGAAGGGUUUUAUUUAUUGUUUGGAAAGUGGUUUUUAGAAUAAGUUUAUUUAUGAUGUCUGAAAUGUUUUAUAGAAUUUUUAAUUUAGAAGUUCCUGGGAGUGAAAAUGUUACCUGUGUUCUCUAUGGAAGGAACUGGGUGGCUAAUCAUUGUUAACGCAUUAAAAA